AUGAAAGAGGCAGCGACAAAGGCGCUCAUGUGUUUCGACACGGAUGGGAACGGGCUGGACCAGACCGAGUUCACAGAAGCACUCCAAGCCUUCCGCUUCAAUCGAGACAGCAAAAAAAUGCGAGACACCAUCUCCAACAUCUUCGCUAAGUGCGACGUGGAUGGGAACGGCCGGCUGACAGCAAAGGAACUGACCGCAGGGCUGCCGACCAGCGUCCUCUCGAGGAUCACAAAGAAACUGGAGGCGGGCUGGGCUUUCGACCCUGCCGUCUGGGCCACCCCCUCGAAGGCUGCGACCGUCAUGGGCAACAGUGAGGCCGAGGUAGGCGGUGACCUAUGA